AGAGAUUUAGCCUUUUUUAAAAUUCUGGCUCACAGCCACCAGCAGAGCGCUGCGGGCACCUAACAUGACGAAAUACUCGACGCGUGACUGGAUAAAGGAAAUUCCGGUACACUUUUUCUCUCUCGUCCUGUGCCGUGAUUGGAUGGGGAAACGCGAUUCAGCCAAUCACAGCGCAGAGCGAGAGAGACAGAGUGUACUGGGACUCUCUUCAUCCAAUCACGCAUCCGAGCAUUGGGGUAGCGUAUAAGCUCGAUGACCGGAUGACUAAAUCAUAUCGUGCAGCCUGCAGUUGCUACUAUCAAUAGUUACCGACAAAGCACAGAACGAGUUUGUGGAGACGUUGGAAACGGUGUGCCUACAGGUGGAACCAUUAUCGGUGCACGGUUGUCUGUGAUACUUCCGUAACACAUAGGAUUGACGUAAUGUCUCAAAACUUCGUUACGGUCUGCGUCGUCUGCGUUUUGUGCGCUGCACACGCUCCGUGUUCUGCCCACACUGAUGGACAAAUUUCACGCCUCUCUUCCUUGCCAGGACCACUGGAUCUCAUAGAUUCAGCCAACGAUGAUCGUUUGCAGCCGUUGAAACACCAAAUUAGUUCAAGAGAAAUAGGUAGAAUAAAAAAUAUGAAGGAUGCGUUUGACCCGCUUGAAUCGGAACCCGGUGGUCAUGAACUUAGGCUCAGGAAACGGAGACACACAGAUGAUGAUGAUGAUGAGUCUAAUUUCACAAAGAGAAUUUUCAGGGAUUAUGGAAAUGGAGAUAGCAUGACAAUUGAAGGGUUCGAAAGGCUACUACAAAAACUCAGACUUCAGGAAGAUGACAAUUGUACAUCGGUCCAAAGCGAUAAAUUUAGUAGAAUUGAUGAUGAUAACCUCACGAAUAACACUUCUCAACCUAACAAUGGACUUAAUAAAAGUGCCAAAAACCAAAGGUGCCUCAGAAGCAAAGAAUUGCUGGAUAAAUUUGCCGGCAACAAUUCUCACUGGUCGGAAAGUGACAAUAACACCACAUUGCCUGGUUGGCUUUUGGAAAGGAUUUGCCCUGCCCUAGUUUAUCAAUUAGCAAGCUCUGAUCCGAGAGGGUGUAUCCAAUUCCCUGAGAAUUUAUCUACCGUAGCAGGCAUGACCGUAGGAAACGAAUCCGAAGCAAAUUCAAUGUCUCAACACAUGUGGCAAGUUUGGAUUUGGUCUUCACUAAGUAUUCUAAUUAUAAGCCUAUGCGGCUUGCUCGGAGUAGUCGUGAUUCCGGUCAUGAAUAAAACUUACUACCACCAGUUUAUACAGUUCCUGGUUGCGCUCGCUGUCGGAACACUCUGCGGCGAUGCUUUGAUACAUCUUCUGCCACAUGCUAUGAUGUCCUCGGGACACGAGCACGACCACCAUAGUGGUUCCGGGCAUGAAGAGCCAUUGUCGAAUACAAAACAUGACCAUGAUACCAAUAUGUGGAAAGGUUUUGUGGCAAUGAUGGGAUUGGUGCUUUUCUUUUUUACUGAAAAAGCUCUAACUAUGAUCGCCGAAUGGAGGAAAUCUCACCAGCGUCGUACCAAGUUACCUGCACGUGUUAAAGUGAUGCGCGAGCCUGCCGACACAACUGGCAAUAGUUCGAGCAGCGACAAACAUUGUAAACACAAGUAUUCAUCCUACCCAUACUGCUACGGCGAAAUCACAACAGAAACUCAAGACAAUCAUCAUAAUCGUCAGCACAACAAUCACCAAAUAACGGCAGCAGUUGUAGAGGAAGAAAAACCUCUUACGUCCAAUAGCAAUGCUAUCUUGAAAUCAGCCGAUGAUGAUGUUGAUAAAAGGCAGAACGAAGAUUGGAAGAUGGACGAGGCUAUAAUCAAUCACGCGAAUAAGAAUAGCGAAAACAACGAUCCGUCUGUGAAUGAGGUUGAGAGCUACACGGUCAUUAUUCGUGAACAUGAAACGAAACAUCACGGUCACACGCAUUCGCACGGUCACGUACACUCGGCUCCUGAAUCAAUGUCCAGCGUUGCAUGGAUGGUCAUCAUGGGUGAUGGCCUGCACAAUUUUACCGAUGGUAUGGCCAUCGGUGCAGCUUUUGCAGCUAACAUUCCCGGCGGAUUUUCAACGGCUAUUGCAGUAUUGUGUCACGAAUUGCCUCAUGAACUGGGCGAUUUUGCCGUUCUACUGAAGGCUGGGAUGAGCGCUAAACAGGCAGUCUUCUACAAUCUAUUAUCUUCCGUGCUGUGUCUGUUUGGAAUGGUGUUUGGCAUACUAUUAGGUGCCGAUCCAUCAGCGACAAGCUGGAUCUUUGCAGCUGCUGCUGGAAUGUUCAUCUACAUUGCUUUAGUGGAUAUGAUACCGGAAUUGACAUCGAGUCACUCGGCGGAAGGAGGCUCGCAGUGGCAGUGCGUUCUACAAGCGAUGGGACUAGCAACGGGACUUGGCAUAAUGUUGAUUAUUGCUUUAUACGAGCAUGAUUUGAAGCAGAUAUUUCAAGAUUAGUGUAAACAAUGGAAAAUCAUUUAUUUACACGAAAUGAAAAGGAGUAAUCCGCGUCCGUUACUUCACGGUAUAUCAGAAUAUGUAACAAUGGCGUAAGAAACAAGGAUAAAAUGAGGCUAAGGUCGAGAGUAAAGUGGAACAACAAUAAAAACUACUCAGUACAAUUAUCAUUAAUGCGACGCAAUGUGCUUGGAUAAAUAAAUUUUUCCAUCUAAACAAUGCAGUGAAGAUAAACAAAAGGUCAUACAAGGAGACAGUACUGAAACCAAUAGAAAAUUUCACUGUCAAAUUUAUCACGUCUUAUUCUUGGUGCUAUUUAUUCACAAGAGCUGAGACAAAAGACGAAGAAGAAUAAGAUGCGGAAAAAAAGCUAGAGAUUGAAAGGAGGCUUAAAAAAAUAUUUCCAAAUCAAUCACGCAGCUACUCCGAUUUCUUUAUGCUAAUGAAUUUCUAUUCUUUCACAAUGUUGUUCCCAGUGAUGAACUUGUGCAUACAUAUAUUACAUACAUAAGUUCACAGCACGUUCAUUGAACAAUAAGAUAUUUGAUAGCGAGCUACUUUUAUAUCGAUAUUUGUUAAAUUUCAAAGCUGAGGUAACUUUCAUCCAUUCUGUUCUUUUUUUCUUUACUUCACUCGGUGACUUGAAAAUUUUUUUUUUUUUUAUUGUCAUCUAACGGGGUUCUUUAAACCUGUACAUGAACUAUUGAUACGUGUUACAAAGGUUUCAUGUCGUUAAUUGCAGUAAAUUUUUAGAACUCCACAUUGAUUGAAGGAUUAACCAAGACAGAAACAAAGGAACUGCAGCUCGAACAUCUAACAAAUCUCUCUAUAUAUAAUGAAAAAAGUCAACCGCGUCGUGUACAUUAAUUAUGUUUUAAGGCAAGUUGUAUUAAACAGUGAAAUGCGUUUAGAUUUCUUAAAUAAUUUGUUGAAUGAAAAAUAUGGUCGGCAUUUAACUAUCUUAUUACAGUACCACAUAAGUAUGUAUAAUAAUAAUAAUAAUAAUAAUAACAUUAAUAAAUGAUUAUUGCAGUCUUA